CCCGCCUACCUCUCUUGCUCACCAUCAUGGCGGAUUUUCAGCUCCACGCAGCAGGGUUAAACUAUCCUUAACUCUUCAAUCCUUGGCUAACAUUCCAUCCCGACAAGGUUCAGAGAAGCCGAAACAAUGAGUGGUCUCGCAUGUUUUAAAAACUGCGGUUCCGUGAUGGUAACGGGAGCGAACCGAGGAUUGGGACUGCAGUUGGUGGAAAGUCUGGUAACCGGAGGAUUUUCACCGGGGAAGAUUAUAGCCACAGCCAGAGACCCCGGCAGCGCGCUGAAACUUAAUGAAUUGGCGAAGAAGCAUCCCCAAGUCCACAUAAUUACUCUGGAUGUGCAGAGUCAAGAGGGUAUCCAGAAGUGUGCGGAGGAGGUGCAUCAGCUGGUGCAGGAGGAAGGUCUGAACUGCCUCAUAAACAACGCAGGAGUCAAUGUGGUGGCUGACCUCCAUACUGUUACUGCUGAGAAGAUGAUUGAGAACUUCCAUACUAAUGCUGUGGCCCCUCUAAUGAUCACCAAGGCAUUCCUUCCGCUGCUGAAGCAAGCUGCAUCCAGAGCACCACGCGGUGCGGUGAGCAUGAGCAUCCAGAGAGCGGCUGUCGUUAACAUGUCUUCUCUACUUGGCUCCAUAAAGCUUGUAAGUGCAGAGCAGAUGAACACCUUCAACUGGUACCCCUAUCGAACAUCUAAGAGUGCCCUCAACAUGGUGAGCCGCUGUUUGGCAGUAGAUCUAGAACCUGAUGGCAUUCUUUGUGUGGCUGUACACCCAGGCUGGGUCCGCACCGACAUGGGUGGUUCUCAGGCUCCACUGAGUCCGGAAGAGAGUGUUUCUUCUCUUUUGUCUGUUCUUGGUGGACUAAGUGAGAAAGAUCACGGUUCGUUUGUGAACUACACAGGGGAGCCAUUGCCUUGGUGAUUCUAAUUAUAUUUCUGAAAGGAUUGCAAUCUUAAUGAGUGGGUUGGACAAGUUAUUUGUGAUUAUUUUAAUAGAAAAAUUAGCAAAAAAAAUAAUCUUUUGAUUUAAAAAAAAUCAUAAAAUUUGCAAAUAUACUCUAAUUCAUUGUUGGAUCAAUAUCACAAUAGGUUAGAGUCCAGGUGUGAAAUAUAAUUUUAAAAAAUUCCAAUUACUGUACUGACAUCAUCAUUCAAAUAAAACAAUACCAUUGUAAGACCAUU